AUGCCAAUGCUGCCGACUGUAAUUGUGGAUGCGCACGUUGCGGCUGUUGCUCCCGGGGCGGUACUGACGAGUGCAUAUCUACCUUCAAGACUGGACAUUGCGUAUUCCAUGGUGCAGAACGGGCGGAUGGUAGAGUUCCCCGGGGAGAGCAAGGAACUGUUUCCUGUAGAGAUGGUGGCGCUGAUGGAGACAUUUCCGCCGGUAAUAAUAGUGCAUGAGAGCGAGGAUUCAGUGACGCCGGUUGCCGGGAGUGUGCGAUUUGUGGAAGCGCUGAAGAAGAAGUUUCCAGGGAGUGGAAUUAGGUUGGAUGUGAGACCUGAGGAUCAUGGGUUCGAUGGAGAUGCAACGAUGGUGGAGAAGUGGUUGAAGGAGGAUGUGGAUUUUAUCACUGGGUAUUGGCUGAAUUGA